AUGGUCAAGAAAAGUGGCAAGGCUGCAGCUCCAAAGAAAGGUUCGCUGAACUUGAUAACGGUUGACCAGACAUUUUCAGCUGAGGAAGAUCUCGAUGCCAUAUUGGCCGAGUUAGAUGUUGCUGAUAAAGCCCGCUCAGCAAAGGCUAAUGUUGCUGAUAAAGCCCGCUCAGCAAAGGCUAGUGAGAAAUCCAAGUCUAAGAAAGGAGCAAAGACCGAAAAAGCUGAAGCUACUCCAGAUGCUCCUGUCUUCGACUGGAAAGAAGAAAUCGCUGCUAUGAAGACUGUUGAUGAGCAGUUUCCUGAAGGCAACUUCCCUAUCGGUCCAGAAGAAACUUAUUUUUUGAAGGGCAAGGAUGGUCGUGUUGCAUCUGAUCGUCAGACCAGGAAGGAAAAGAAAGAUCUCGAAAUUAACUUUGAAGAAAUGUACAUGGAUUACCGUCGUGCCGCUGAAGUUCAUCGCCAAGUUCGAAGCUAUGUUCGCUCGUGGGUGAAGCCAGGAAUGACUAUGAUUGAGAUUUGCGAGCGUUUGGAGUCGUGCUCUCGUCGUUUAAUAAAAGAAUCUGGUCUGGAAGCCGGACUCGCCUUCCCAACAGGAUGCUCUCUCAACAGAGUAGCCGCUCAUUACACUCCUAAUGCUGGUGAUACCACUGUUCUCACAUAUAACGAUGUUUGCAAGAUUGAUUACGGUGUUCACGUUCGUGGCCGAUUGGUCGACAGUGCCUUCACACUCCAUUUCGACCCUAAGUUCGAUCCUCUAGCCAACGCUGUGAAGGAAGCCACUAAUGCUGGAAUCAAAGAAGCCGGUAUUGAUGUUCGUCUCNCCGGUAUUGAUGUUCGUCUCUGCGAUAUUGGAGAAGUGAUUGAAGAGGUUAUGACAUCCCAUGAAGUUGAGCUUGAAGGCAAAACGUAUACCGUCAAGCCAAUUAGAAACUUGAACGGUCACUCGAUUGGACAGUAUAGAGUCCACGCUGAUAAAUCUGUUCCGAUUGUGAAGGGAGGUGAAGAAACCAAAAUGGAAGAAAAUGAGGUUUACGCCAUUGAAACUUUCGGAUCCACUGGAAAAGGAUAUGUCGAUGAAGAUAUGGAAUGCUCGCAUUACAUGAAGAAUUACGAUUUGGCUGAUGCGAAGAUCCCUCUCAGGUUAGUUUAA